GGCGGCGGCGGCAGAAGAAGGAGGGACACGCGCAUCGGACUCCUCAGUUACCGGCAGUGAUUCCAACGGCUGUACGUGAAUAAAUACCCCCCGUAGAUACCCUUUGGUGACCAUUUCUAUCCCGUGUUGGCGGUGGUUGUCGCCGUGACUCUGUAAACGACCCGUAGAAAAUGUCUAACAUCAACUGGAAGCCUUUUGUUUUCGGCGGGUUGGCUUCGGUGACGGCAGAAUGCGGAACCUUCCCUAUCGACUUAGCCAAGACGCGCCUUCAGGUACAAGGCCAAGUGGGCGACGUGAAAUACCGAGAGAUCCGCUACAGGGGCAUGCUCCAUGCAAUGGCCCGGAUAGUCCGAGAGGAGGGGGUCCGGGCCCUGUAUUCAGGAAUUGCUCCAGCCAUGCUGCGCCAGGCAUCCUAUGGGACCAUUAAAAUUGGCACAUACCAGAGCUUUAAACGACUGCUGGUUGAUAGGCCAGAGGAUGAGACAUUGCUGACUAAUGUGGCAUGUGGUAUUCUCUCUGGAGUCAUCUCCUCCUCGAUCGCCAACCCCACAGAUGUGCUGAAGAUCCGUAUGCAGGCUCAGGGAAAUGUGAUCCAGGGCAGUAUGAUGGGCAACUUCAUCAACAUCUACCAGGAGGAGGGAACAAGAGGCCUGUGGAAGGGAGUCUCUCUGACGGCUCAGCGGGCAGCCAUUGUGGUGGGGGUCGAGCUCCCAGUCUAUGACAUCACCAAGAAGCAUCUGAUCUUGUCGGGUUACAUGGGAGACACCGUGUACACACACUUCUUGUCCAGUUUUGUGUGCGGUCUGGCCGGAGCAUUGGCCUCAAACCCGGUGGACGUCGUACGGACACGAAUGAUGAACCAGAGGGGAGGAGCUCUGUACCAGGGAACACUGGACUGUCUGCUGCAGACCUGGCGCUCUGAGGGUUUCAUGGCCCUCUACAAGGGUUUCUUUCCCAACUGGCUGCGGCUGGGACCAUGGAACAUCAUCUUCUUCCUCACCUACGAGCAGCUGAAGAAGAUCGACGUGUGAUCCAAGUUUGAGGACAAGACGAGGAUGAGCGCGCUCCAGAAUGGACCGACAUCAGGAACGGGGCUCAAUGGAUCCUGGAUGGAACCGUUAAACUGGGGACGGGGGUUUUCGCAAGACCUGCGUCUGGGUCGGGCUCAAGUCCUGUUGGGGCCUCACGUCUCUGAAAGAAGCCCGUGGCAAGUUUGGAAGCGACUGUUAGACCUGAAGCCCUUACACGUGGUGGUGGGUUAACUCCUCCAAAUGCUACUUUAAACUUUCAACCAUUCAUGACAAUUUGAUUCCUUUCACCUAAUUAUGUUUUGUCACUCAGAGGCUGUUUUAAAACAGCUCCUAAGCCCCCUAGGCCGUCUCCAGACUGAGUGCCUUAGUUUGUGAUGCAGGCUGUGGAGGCCUGAGCCGCAGAAGGACUAAGAAUGUCAGAUCGCAGCUGACAAUCGCAGUGAUCAUUCCCUUUUGAAGACAUUUCGUGCACGAGCAAAGAAACAUUGGACUAGAAUCUGGUGUUUUUUUUUUUCCUUUUGCUUUUAUUUUGUGUCUGUAUUUCUAAAUUAAGAGCCUGGGUGUGCGGAAAGGUGAAAGUAUUUAUUAUUCAGAGAGUCUCCCUGGAGUAUUUUCCGAGCCAAGAAUACAUCACAUGGUGCCGUAAUGAAUUACAGAUAGCAGUCGUAUAAACAGACCGGUCAGUGUCGGUGCAGAGAUAUAGACACUCAUCACAUGACCAUAUGUGGCGAGACUGGUGGUCCCACCAGACUGCAGACGGUAAAUUAACACCAGAGGCUGCCGGGGGGGGUUGGCACUUUCCCACCCCCCACUCCUCUCGGAUUCUGUUACUGUCAUAUGCCACUGUAAGAUCUCAAUAUCAACAGCGUUAUGUAAGAGUAAUAUCAGUGUCAGCCUGGCACUACUCGGGGUCUGCACCACUGGAUCACAUUGGGUUAUCCUCUAUUUAUUGCUUAAAGGGACUAAAACCACUGCACACAACCCACAGUUAACUCCAGGUAUAUUUUCUUACUGUAUUUGCACAUAAUAGUGAGCUUAUGUGAGCUGUGCUUUUGUUAAGAAUGAGUAUGUAUCUGGCUGUUGUGUGCAAUGAUGCCGUCGCUGCCAAAGUGUACAAAACUUUUUAUGUGAACGCUGCUGUAACCUUGUGUAUUCAAAAUUAAAAAAAAAAAAAAGAAAAA